AUGAAUGACGAUAUUCCCAGAGGUUGUUUAUGUUAUACAAAGAAGAAUAAGGGAGAAAUUCCUAAAUCAUUUAAGAAAGCAAAUAAAAUAUUAAGUAAAUAUAAGCAUAACAAUUUAAAUGUAAAUGAGUUGAAAUAUUUUUAGAUUUAAGAUGAUGAUAUUUUAUAUGUAAUUAUUAGAUUAUAUGUGGCUGAAAACAAAGCGAAUGCUAUAUCAAUGCUUCAAAGAUGUCGUAUAAAUCCUAACUUUGAAAUUAAUCUUCAAAGAAAGGAUCUUGAAUAUUUUAUUCCUUAAAUUGUGAACUUUAUGAUUUUUCAUCAAUAACUAAGUGAUGAGAAUUUAAUCUAAUUUGUACUAUAAGCCUCCUCAAUAGAUUUCUUUUUUGCUCAUUAAGUUUUUUUCUAAUUAAAAAGUCUUUCUUAAAUUAUUACACCAAAUGAACCAGUUACAUUUAAUAUAGUAAAAAAAUUUACAGAUAAUUUUUUUAUAAAAAUGUCUCAUAAUUAUGCUGGAAACUUAUUAAUAGCAUCACAUCUUUUAAAAAUUAAUUUAGAAGAAAUAAAUUUCAAUAAAAAUAAUUUAAAUACAUCAAAUGAAGCGAUUUCUCCAACAAAAUCAACUCUUUAAUAAGUUUAUUAAGGAACACCUAGAAUAGAAUCUUUAAAAGUCAAUGAAAAUAUAACUUUCUAUGGAACUUUCGAAUGGAACAAAAAUGAAUAUUAAUAAUGUAUUCCAAAUUUAAUUCUAAAUAACUAUAAAGAAAUACAUUUACAAGAUUAUAAUUCAAUUUUUGGAAAAAGAUCAAAUAAUUUAGAUACAGCAUUUUAUUCCAAUAUUUGUUUUUGGGAUGAUAUUAUGAAAAUAUGUGAAGAAUUAUCAAAGGCAAAGAAAAAAACAGAAGUCUUGCAUUCUUAUUUAUAAAAAAUGAAUGAAAACUUACCUGCUGCUGUUUAUGUACCAUUCGUUGGAAAUUAAAUUCGAAAUCAUGCUGUUCUAAAAAUAGUAUACAAAGAAAGCAGAGUAUUUUCUACAAAAAUGAGAAGUCCUUUUAGUCUAAUUUUAGAAUUAUUUAGACCAGAAAUAGAAGAGAAAAAUAAUUCUUAGAUUGUUGAAGAAUAAAUAUCUUUUCCUAUAACUGCAAAUGUAAAUAUAAAUUAUUUAAAAUAGACUAAUGUAAAAUCAAAAAUUUAGAAAUAAGAAUUAAAAUAUGAUGAUAUAGAAAGAAGAUUUUCAUCUGCAGAUAUAUAAAAAUCAAUUUAAAAUGAAUUUUUAUAAUUGAAAUUUCAUUAAUCGAAUCUUACAAUUAAUUAGAAUAAACUUGAUGGAACUUCUAAAUUUUAUUGCUUAAAUGAUGACUCUAUUAAUAGUGAUGUUGAAUAAUCUGAUUAAAAUGAUAUACCAAAAUAUUCAACAUCAUAUUCAUUAUAAGAGAAUGUAUAAGCAUUUAGUUUAGAAGGACCUUCAAGUACCCAUUAACUUGACAAAAAAGAAAAAGAAGAUUUAUUUAUAAGUAAAAUGCAUAGGAAUAGUUAUCUUUAAGCAGAAAAAGGUAUUAAAUUGAACAGUGAAGAAUAUAAUGAAUUAAAAAAAACAAUAUUUGGUGAAAGUUCAACAUAAUAGGCAGAAAGAAUAAAAUCUUAGUCAAUUUUUUAAAAUUUAAAAUCCUGGAAAUUAGUACAUUUAAUUAUAAAAACAGGAGAUAACUUAAAAUAAGAAUAAUUUGCUUUAUAAUUGAUAUCUUAAUUUGACUAGAUAUUUAAAAAAUCAGGUCUACCAUUAAAAUUGAGAUAUUAUGAAGUAUUAUCUUUGGGACCAGAUUGUGGAAUAAUAGAAAUGAUUAAAAAUGCAACAACUAUUGAUAGUUUAUAAAAGAAUUUGAGAAAAAGAUAUAAGAAUUUUAUAAAUUUUUCAGAUUUCUUUCGAAGUUUUUUCAGAGAUAAUAUAGAUUAAGCAUUACAAAAUUAUGUUUAAUCUUUAACUGCAUAUGGAUUGGUUUGUUAUUUUUUAUAAGUAAAGGAUAGACAUAAUGGAAAUAUUUUAUUAGAUAGUGAAGGACAUUUAAUACAUAUUGAUUUUGGAUUCUUUUUAUCUAAUGCUCCUGGAAAAGGAAUGGAGUUUGAAGGAAAAGUGCCAUUUAAAUUAUUAUCUGAUUAUAUUUAAGUUUUAGGGGGAGCUAAAGGAACCCUAUUUAAAGAAAAUUUUAGGAAAUUAUUUUAUAAGUAUUUAAACAAUAUAUUUUUAGAGGAUUUAAAGCCUGUUAAUAAUACUAAAAAGAAAUCUUACUACUUGUAGAAAUGAUGUAUACUGGUCAUGGUACAACAUUACCUUGUUUUUAAAAAGGAGAUUAAGCAAUAAAGGAGUUGUAUGCAAGAUUUAAUCCAAAAGUAAAAUCUGAUGCAGAGCUUUAUGUACAUGUUUAAAGUUUAAUAAAUAAAUCACUUGAUAAUUGGAGAGCUAGAUGGUAUUUAUCUAAAAUCAAUUUAGGUAUGAUAAAUUUUAAUACUUUGCUUAAGGUGUAUUUUAUUGA